UGAAAAAAGUGUUUGGCGUGCAAAAUGAGCGAGAGCAAAGGCGCUUUGUAUCGAAAUCAGCUGCAAAAACCGAAACCAAAAUCGAAAUCGAAAUCGAAACCGAAACCGAAACAGAAUCAACAAGCGAAUCCCAGUUGGAUGCGUGGAUCAACAGUCGCCCGGCCAGCGCUGGGGCAGAACAAUAGAGGAGCAGGAGCUGCGGCAGGCUUCGGGCUGCUCUUUGGGCUGUUGCUGCUGCUGCAGCUGUUGGCAGCGACACAGUCAACGCCGUCGCCCUCGACGAUGCCACAGAAGCGAGGUGGCAGCGGCAGCGGCGGCGGCGGCGGCGGUGCUGGCGGUGGCAGCUCCUCGGACAUAACCAAGGAUCACUGCAACAAGACUGUGGACAUUUUCGAGGACAUCAGCUCGCCGGAGGUCAGCAAUCAGAAUCUGGGACGUCCGCUCACCUGCUGGUAUCGCUUUCGCACGCUGAAAGGUGCGCCGCGCGACUUUGUGCUACGGCUGCGCUUCAAGAAGUUCAAAGUGGGCCAACUGCUCAAUGCCACCCACUGCGAGGGCGGCUUCUUGCAGAUUGUUGAUGGCAAUGCCAAAACAGACGUCUCCAAUCGCCGCGAGCCGGGCAUGUUCUGCGGCGAAGCCGAGCAGCCGCAGACCUUCAUCAGCGAGACGAGCUAUGUGAAGGUGCUAUUCCACACGGACAACUUUACGGAUCAGACCUACUUCACAUUCGAUUCACGCGCGGAACAACAAACCGAAGUCUAUUUACGCUAUGGCCAACAUCCGGAAUUAUAUCCAAAUCGACGCGGCGAAGUGGUGCAAGGUUCGUACUGCGAGCGAGAGUAUCGCGAUUGCCGACUGCAGACCUGCUACGUCCAGUCGCCCGCCUAUCCGGGCCUAUAUCCGCGCGCCCUCAACUGCCGUUACAAAUUGCACACGCGACAGCCGUACAUCAAAUUAUAUCUGCAGAACGAACAGUUCGCGGUCGAUGGCCAGAGAUGUGAGAACGUGAUGACCUGCCCUAUAAGGCCGAUUGGAUCUGGCAACGAGCACUGCCCCUACGAUUGGUUGGCCGUUUAUGAUGGCCGCGAUGAGCACUCGCCGCUGAUAGGCAAAUUCUGCGGCCUGGGCAAGUUUCCAUUCAGCAUUAUUGGCACCUCACAAUACAUGUACGUGGAGUUUGUUACGUCGCCGGCGGGGCCGCUGCUCAAUACGGGCUUUCAUUUCAAUGUUGGCAACUGGCCAGGCCAUGUGGAGACGGCGGGCAUCAAGCACGGCGUCUGCGACUGGCUGCUCAGCUCCGAUUCGCUGAAGGACAGCAGCGCCAGCGAGGGCAUAUUCCUGAGCAUCGCCCACUGGUAUCCACCCAACACCUCCUGCAGCUAUCACAUCAAAGGCCAUCCCGGCGAAAUUGUGCGACUCUACUUUCCCAGUUUUCGCAUCAAUCGCAUCGAGUCGCCCAUACUGAAGUACGAGGGGGAUUGCGGCGAAUCGCUGACCAUCUACGACUCGGAUCAUGCGGAUCCGGCGCGCAUCAUCAAGACCUUCUGCGACACCUUCUCGCGGCCCAUGGAGAAGGUGGACUUUGUGAGCACCAGCCCCUCGCUCUAUGUGCAGUUCGAGUCGAAGACGGGCAGCUAUAGCGGCAGCUCACUGUACUACUGGGCACACUAUGACUUCUUCAACAAUACACGAUUCGGUGAUCCGGUGCCCAACACGCUCUGCGACGAGGUCAUGUACGCCUGGAAGCAUCCGGGCGGACGGCUCCGCUCGCCGCUCAACUCGCUCAUCUUCAAGCGAACCGGCGGCAGCGACGUCCGCUGCCAGUACAAAUUCGUGACGGACCGACGGCUCUAUGCCCGCGCCAUAAUCGAGGUGAACUCGGUGUCCUUCAAGGAGCUGCCCUACAACAGCAACGCCUGCACGCGCUGCCACGAGGAGCGCGUGGACAAGCUGGUCAUCUGGGAGGAGCGCGACAAGUUCCAGAACAACUUGGCCUGCUUCUGCGACAAUAUACCGCGAGCGGUGCGCGUCAUCUCGUCGGCGGACCAGAUGAAUCUCGAGAUGAUUGUGCAGGGCCAGCAUGCCAUCACCUCGUACUUCAAGAAUCCCAAUCCGUUGUUCGAGGCGACCUACGAGUUCGCCCACGGCCCGCUCUGCGGCCCCAUCACGCUGGGGCCCUCGCCGGAUGGGGAGCUCGUCUUCCCCUACAAGAAGGCGCUGGCCAUGGUGGCGGGGCCGAUGGCGCCGCCGGAGCACCACUAUCGCCGCGAGAAGUGCAUCUGGGAGCUGAAGGUGGCCGCCCAAAGGGAUCUCUGGCUGAACCUGGAGAAGGCGCGCUUUGCCGAGCGCAGCUGCGAGAGCGCCAAGAUCGAGGUCUAUCUGGCCGGGCGCUUGGAGCCGCGCUUUGUCGUCUGCCCGGACAACAUAUCGCUGGCCCGCGACUUGCCCAUCCUGAGCACCGCCGAGCUGGGCGCCACGGGCGCCGACCAGGAGCCGCUGCCGGUGCUCAUACAAUACACGGGCGAUGGCCAGCCGGGCAAGAACAUCUUUCGACUGGUCUGGACCGAGCUGUUCCACUUGCCCCGCAAUCCCGACGGUAGUCUGGCCGCGUCCCUGCUGCAGGAUGGCGACUGUGACUUCCGCUGUCCCGGCGACACGCAGGUCUGCAUACCGCGCCACCUGCUCUGCAAUGGCAUCGCCAACUGUCCCAAUGUGACGCACACCUCGACGCUGGCCCAACUAACGCGGCACAUUGAGUGGAAUCUGGAACAGCUCGGCCUGCUCCACCAUGCCGCCGAGUACCGUCAGCUCGUCCUGCACGACGAGUCCCCGGAGAUCUGCCUGCGCCGCGAUCUCAGCCAGCUGCCCUACGGCAAACUCUCGCUGCUCGCCCUCGGGCUCUGCGCGAUAUUCGCUCUGCUCAUCGCCAUACUGCGACGCAUGUGCCGAGGGGCGCCGAAGCAGCCAGGGCUGCAGCAGCUCCAGGAGGAUUACUAAAACUCCAGCUCGCCCUUCCUCUCUCUGUUGAGUUGCUCUUGGCAAGGAUUCGAUGGAUUCAGUUAUGGAAGCUUGCAGCUCCUUGAAAUGCAGUUUUAGUUCAAUUUUUAUUUAUUUAUUUUAUUUUCUUCUCCAAUAUUUAUUAAAUAUUUAUUCCACUGCCAAUUGCCGUCAGUAUUUCAUUGAUUUCUGUAUUUCUUCUCUCAAUACAAAAUAAAUAAAAGAGAAAAAAAAAAAAAAAAAUAAAAAAAAAACAUGCUUAAUAGCAAGCACUUAUAUGUAAGUAGUUUUUGCAAAAACUGAACUCUAUAAAUUUCUCUCGUGACAGCUAUUGAAUAUUAAUUGAAAUAAUUAUACGAUAAACACUUCAAGCAUACAAAAAAAAAUGAUUAACUGCCCUGAAUAAAUUAAUUAAGCAUAAAAUUGUCACGUGAUAAUUGUUGGAAAGGAAAAAACAAAACAAAGGUAAAACGAAAUACGAGCAUAAAGAAACUAGAAACUAAUUAAGGUAGACAGGUAAAAUGGUAAAAAAAAAAGAUAUGACAGAAAAUACAUAUAACAAAUUGUUGGUGGUUUUAUUAGUUAAUAUAUGUAUCAAUAAAAUAAAAUUGAAUAAAAUACAAAACAACUUA